CAGAGUGAUGACGCGGCGCUGUCAAGAUGGCAGCUGACAUCACUUUGCUAUUCAGAGCCAGUGUGAAAACAGUAAAGACACGGAAUAAAGCGCUCGGGGUGUCCCUACCGGAGACUGACAUACUGAAGAAGAACCGGCCGCGGGGAGAGUUCAGCGGGAAGGCCCGGGAUGUGAUUAAUAAUAUUGGAAAGCUGAAGGAUUUUCUCCUGGAGCACAGGAAGGAUUACAUCAACGCCUGCAGUCAUGUGUCAAAAUACUCCCGUAUGACGGACAAUGAACGCGACCAGAUUGAUCAGGAUGCACAGACCUUCAUGAGAGCGUGUUCUGAUGCUAUUCAGCAACUUAGGACUGAAGCGUGUAAAGAGACCAUUUCUACUCAAGUAAAAGAACACAGACUGGCCAUCUUGGACUUUAUUGGAGACUAUUUAAAAAGAGUGUGUAAACUGUACUCCGAGCAACGGGCCAUCCGAGUGAAACGCGUGGUGGACAAGAAAAGAUUAUCCCGAUUAGAACCUAACGAAGUCUCCAAAGUAAAGACCUCUCCUUCUGCAGAGACCAUCACUGUGCCAAGUCCUGAGGCAAAGGAGGAAGGAAAGUCAUUCGGUGAAGAGACUACUGACAGGGCACUGGCGGAUACACAGAGCACAUCAGGUUUUUGGGAUGAUGGUCGGGGUGAAGAUGAGUUGUCGCCAGAGGAGAUUCAGAUGUUUGAACAGGAGAACAAGAGGCUUGUCAGUGAGAUGAACACUCUGUUCGAUGAAGUAAGGCAAAUAGAAGGAAAGGUGGUUGAAAUAUCCAGACUUCAAGAAAUAUUCACUGAGAGGGUGCUUCAGCAGGAAACAGAGAUUGACAGUAUCCAUCAGCUAGUGGUGGGCGCCACAGAAAAUAUCAAAGAAGGAAACGAAGAUAUACGAGAGGCCAUCAAGAAUAAUGCUGGUUUCCGGGUCUGGAUCCUCUUCUUCCUAGUGAUGUGUUCAUUUUCUUUACUGUUCCUGGACUGGUAUGAUAGUUAAUAAUCCAAUGGAAAGCUACAGCCAUAACUUAAUAAUUGCACAAUGUUACAUCUCCGAGAAAAUACCACUCCCUCUUGAACAUUCGCUUGGGUAUGUAAAUAAAGGUCACCUAUGAUAAUGAGGUAGUGGGGGUUCCUACAAUAAACUGGAAGAUAUUGAGCUGUGUAUGUUACCUGCAGAAAGGCCAGACACGUCCAUACAGUUUACAUAAUGGCUGGUAAAUGUUGUGUCAAAUGAAGCUGCGCCCUUUUUAUAUGUCGAUAUCCGGGAAGAUAUAAUUUUUAUCUGUUCACGUCUCUACUCUUCGGGGAACUAUAAACCAUGAUACUUUGUACAACAUCUGUAUCUUUAAUAAAGCGAUUUCUUUGAAGAUAAGACUACAAGGAACUGAAGGAUAUGAGCAGGGCUGAUGCUUUCUAGCAGUUCCCUGAGGAUAUUGAAUUGCUUUCCUUUAAAGCUAAGGGUUUAAAGCUAACACUGAGAAUACAUACACAAUCUUGGCUGCUUAAGUGAUGUCCCAUGUUCCAGUAUGGUAAUGCAGGAACGAACAUUUACAGUACAGACCAAAAGUUUGGACACACCUUCUCAUUCAGAGUUUUCUUUAUUUUCAUGACUAUGAAAAUUGUAGAUUCACAUU